UUUAUUUGCUUGUAUAUUAUAUAGAAAUGUUAUUACAAUACAACGUAGUCCGAUAUCGGCGAUCACUCGUUUCCGCCAUUUUGGAUUUAUUCUCGGUCUCACCCUCAUUAAAUCUGUCCCUCAAUUAGCUUUCGAGAAGCUUAUUUUCGGAAGGAUUCUAGGAAGUAAAUGUUCCACUUUUCUCUCUCCUCGAUAAUUUUCAUGAACUUUCCUGGAAGCUUCCCAGAAACUCGGAAUGCGUAGCCGGGAUUUUCGAGGGGUCCGAUCAUCGUUCGCGUCGAGCGCCGCCAUUUUUUCCUUCCUUCGAGAUUGAUAAGUGUCCUCUAUUUUCUUUUUUUUCUUGAAAACAUUCAAUGAAAAUCUGAUUUCCAGGUCGCCCGUGUUUUUCCAACGGGGAUGGUGUAAACUUCCGCGGCAAGAUUUCCGGAAAAGUUUCCCCGGGUUUAGAAAUCUGGGACAUGGGGGCUAAAAAUGUAGAGCAGUCUCCGAUGCACUUUGUCAGAUGGCGCUGACGGCAUCUCGAGUUCCGGGGGAGCUCGCUCGGCCGUAUGGGACGCUGCUAUAAUUAACCUCUGGAUGGUUUAAUUCGGACGGUAUAACCGUGUCACAUAAUAUCGUUUCGUAAGACGAUAUUUGGACCUUAUAGCCGAUAGUGCGUCCCGAAUUCCGGCCUCUCGGGCUCGAAAUUAGACCCGAUGGAAGCGCCCUCUUCCCACGCGGUGGGAAACCGAACGAGACUUCCAAAUGAACCCUCAAGACUUAAAAAGUAUUUUAAGGGACACCAAUUAUAGCGCUUUCCAAUACGUUGGAUCGGUUUACAUUUUUCAUCUCGUAAGAAAUAUUCCAGGAGCAUUAAGAUCACAUGAAAGGGUCAUUUCGUACACGUAAGAACGUCAAUAAUAUACAUAAAACUUUUCUCCCAAACAAUGCACCGAACAAUUUGAAACUUUAACACGUGACCAUGGAAGUCCUAAUGAAGGUCCUGAAACUCCUGAAAUUUAAUUUCUCGAAAGAGAAAACAUGAACGAAACAUUUUUUGCCGAUGAUUUGAUUCUAAAAUCGAACGCGGCAUUUUUAAGUGAUAUAACGGUCAAUGUCGAUCGUUUAUGUUUCUUCAGGUGGGAAUUGCAUCUCGCUGGAUAUCUCUGCCUUUUUGGACGCCGUCCCAAGGAUAUGUGAUUUUCUUCUCGUAUAUCCACGCAGGCGUGAAACGGAUUUCCAAAAUAGAUUUCCGAAAGCCGAGGGGGGAUGAGAUUCAUAAGCUUGCGCAAGCUUGGGUGUUACGGUUUCCUAGAAAUUCCUGAGCGGCGUUGCCAUGACGACGAGGGACGCUACUUUCGUCGCCAUGUUUACGUGUUGUUACAGACGGAUGCAAUAAGAUUUUCAGAUAUACAAAAUCCAAAGAGUUCUCGGUGAGCAUCUUGAAAUUCUAUAUUAAAUAAUACCUCGCACAUUAUUCCUUAAUUGCUCAAUUAUUAUUCAGGAGUACCAGGUGUGCGGUGUAUAAAUAAUCAAGAUGGAUCCGACAGAAACAAAAAAGGAUGAUGGCAGCGAAGGCAGCCAAUCUCGCUCACAGAGAAGCUCGGCUGACAGUACGUUUCAAACAUUGGAGCAUGAUUUUGCAAAGAUUUCCGAGGAGAUGAAAAACAAUGAGCUGCUCGCGCCAUUCGAGGCGGAGUAUACAAGACUGUAUGAACUUCUCUACAAAACUCACGGCAAUGAGAAAGAUUUAACAAAUAGGUGUAAAGAAUUGGAGGAAGACGUUGAGGAGCGCAAGAGAAAGAUAAGAACCCUCGAAGAAAUAAACCAAAGGAACCUCGUAACGAACGAUAAAUUAAAACAGGAAAUCAUUAACAUGACUAAACGAGCCGAUGCUGCUCAUACUCGAGAACAAGCUGCUCAAGAAGUGAUAGAAAAUUUGCGAGUGUCCGUUGCGAAGCUGAACAGCGAAUUGGAGCAGAAGAACAAGCAGAUGAGAAUGUUCGAGGACAAUCCCGUCAAUAAGCAACGAGAUGGCAUGGCCAAUGAACGGGAGAAACUUAACGGGGAAUUGGAGACCAUUAAACAACGGAUGAAGAAUAUGCAGACCUAUAACGAAGAGCUGGAAAAAGCGGCCCGAGGUGCGGAACGACAAAUAAACGAAUUGCAGGAAAUCAUUGACGCGCAUUUAAACACCAUAUCGAAGGAGCAAAGAGGGCGAGAAAACGCAGAAAAAGAGAUUUCACAGCUGCAGGAAACGAUUAAGAUGAAGAAUAACGAGCUACAAGUGGCGAACAGCUCGAUAAGAACUUCGGUAAACAAUGUCCUGAAGUUGGAGAACAUCCUGAAGGAGCAGAAGGCGAACAAUGGGAAGAUGCAGAAGGAGAUGAACAAGCUGAUGCUGAGAGUGAUGAAUCUACAGACGGAUUUUGAUAAGGCGAAGAUCCGUAUCGCGGAUUUGGAGAAGGAAAAGAGCGAGAUGAGCAAAGAGUGCAAAUUACUCGCGAACGAGGCUCAAAGGUUGAAGGACGGCAUUCAGAAGUUUAAGGCGGAAAAGGAUUCCGUGCUGAAGAGGCUCUCGAGCGAGGAAAAAAUUCGCCUGAAAUUGGAGGAACAAUUGACCCAAGCGAGAUUGGACGCCGAAAACGCGGAAAGGGAAAUCGGAAUAAUAAGUAAGCGUCUCGAGGUAGAGAAGAAGAUUACGGAGGGCCUGCAACUAGAAAAGGAGCAAACGGCGAAAGAAGCCUCGCUAAUGCACGAAACGCAGAAAAGACUUAACGUGGAAUUGGCGGUGUCCGAGCAAGGUAGAAGAAAAGUCGAAUCUGAUUUGCAUGACGCGAUGCGAGUCACUGGAGUGAUUAGAAAUAAUGUCCACGUCCUGGAAAAAGAGAGGGACAAGGCUAAAUUGGAGAUCCUCGACUUGACGCAGCAGGUGGAAGAGUGCAUGUACACAUUGGAGUUGAAACGAAAGGAGAUAUCUGACUAUAAAAAGCGCUUGAUCGAGGCUGAUGCUAAAUACAAACAGCAACAAAAUACUUUUGAAGCCAUUCGAGCGGACAGAAAUUCCUGCAGUAAAAAGCUGACGGAAGCGGAAGAGGAGGUCCAAGAAUUGAGAAGCCAGCAGAAGAUCAUGAGGCAUCAGAUAGAACAGCUUAAGGACGACAUUGCGAACAGGGAUGAGAAAUUUUCCAAAAAUGAGUUCUUACUGAAGAAAGCGGAGAAAGAGAUGGAGGCGUCGAAAGUGGAGCUCCAGGCAGUUCGGAAAGAGAUUUCGGAGUUACACCAGGAAAUCGAGAAGAUGAAGCAAAAGGAGAAGCAACUAAGACACGCGAUUAAUUCCGCCGAUGUUGAAAUCAGUCGACAGAAGAAAGACAUCGACACCGUGAUGAGCGAGCGGGACAUUCUGGGCACGCAACUCGUCAGAAGGAACGACGAGUUGACCCUACAAUACAGUAAAAUAAAAAUAUUAAACGGAACGAUCCAACGAGGAGAGACGCAGUAUAAUCAAAGGAUCGAAGACAUCAGAUUGUUAAGGCUGGAGGUGAAGAGGCUACGAGACGAGAACAAUUUACUGACUAAAAGCAUUAACAACACCUGCGACCUCCGCCAAGAGAUAUUUCACCUUAACAAAGACUUAACAAAAGAGAGGCUGAACGUUAUCGCCUUGGAGGAAGAGAUGCAGAACCCUUUGAACAUCCACAGGUGGAGGAGGCUGGAGGGAUGCGAUCGCAGCACGUACGAGCUGAUGAAGAAGGUGCAGAUGUUGCAGAAGCGCGUCCUGAGGAUGAGCUCCGAGCUCCUGGAGAAAGAAAACAAGAUCAAGGAGACAGAGACUAUAUACAUGAACCUUCGAGAAAUUUUGUCGAGGAGGCCUGGCCCGGAACUCGCGAUUGCCUUGGAAAGAACCCGGAUGGCUCUCCGAGAACGCGGAAGAAAGAUGAAGGUAUAAGUUUGAUUUUUAAAUUAAUUCUU